UUCGCUAAGAGCGGGUAUCGGAUAGUCUAACUUGCUUUUUAAUAGACAAAUUCAACUCCGAAUUUUUUGAAAAUAGCUCACUUAAAGUAACAACCUUUUUUCAGUAAGAAACUCAUCGACUCGUCAGAGUGAAGAAUCCAGAUUCCAGACACAUAGAUGCAGCGCAAAUUUGUUAUCAAACUUUGCCACGCCCACCAUAACGCUUUCAAACCGCCCAAAAGUGCCACAUUUUUAUAAGAAACAUCUUUUAAUUUUUUCUUCAUUAAUUGUUGUUUUCCCUAUUUCUAUCGAUAUACCAGAUAAUUGUAAAAAUUUCUCGUUCGCUUUUCCACUAGCUGAGUACGAACGGGUAUCUGAUAGUCGCCGAACUCGACUUUAGCGUUCUCUUGUUUAUAGGUAAAUUUGUUUUGUAUAAAAGUUGGUUUAUAAUAUUUCCGAGCCCGAAGCCUUUUAAAUAUUGAUUAAGUUUAUUAAAAUUAAAAUUAUAAAAUUGAAUUAAUCUUGUACGCAAAAUAUUUUAUGUGACAGUUAAUGAAGGAGACAAAGUACUCUGUGGAGCUGCCGCAACUACGCAAACAUCCACCCCUUCCUCCCGUGCGUGUCAUCACGAGCUUUGAGGAGAGCAAACCGCUGGAAGCCCCAGUCCCUGCGCCAGCGGAAAAUACUUUUAAGCUGAAUGCCAAUGCCCAAACGUGGGUGCCCUAUGAGCAGGGAGCGCCAUCAUACUGGUCCCAGACAGUGUCCUCGGAAGACACAGGCGACGCGACGGUUCCGGAAGCUUUGGCUGCCCCAGCUUCAGUAAAGAGCGAGGUGUCUAUUAUUGAUCUCCUCCGCGAAGAGAGCAAACUAAAGGAGGAACCGUCAAAAGUGGAACCUAAUGAGGCAAAGCUCUUUCAAAGGCACUGCCUAGACUGUCACAAUGAACCGAAAGGGUUUGCACUCCUGCGCCAGAUGUAUCCCAAUAAACAGCUGACUGGCCUCUGGGAUUUGUUUGUAAAGUGCAAGGCCGACGUAGAUUGGGCCGUUGAUAUUCUGUUAAAAGAGGACGAGCUAUAUGCGGUCACUGGUUCGGAUCAGAUCGGAUUUGAGGAAACUGUUAAUAGCGAGGAGUCGGCGCAAUUUCAAUGCGACUGCGACAAGGCGGCCGAGGGACAGGAAUCUCCAAUUUCCACUUCCAACUGCACCUCACCAACUUUGCCGCUAUCGAAGACUGCAUCCAAGCCGCAACGUCAGCCGCGCAUUAAACGACCAUCGGCCCCCACCAACAAAGAGUUGCAAAUACAAAUCCAGAAUUGCUUUGUGUUAGGCGACGAACAAUACUCGGAGCACACGCGCAAAAUCCGCGACAUCCGUAAUGGAAUUCUGGAUCAACCUAUAGUGUCUAAAGUACCGGAAGCAUCAGAGGAACCAGAGCUAGAACAGCAGGAGGAGGAGGACUCUGAAGAAAAUACUCUGCUGGAAAUAGAUUUGGGCAGCGCUCUAAUUGAGCAGCUACGCACGCAGUUCCACACGGAGGACGAAAUGUUGCCGCCGGAACAGGAGGUACCCGCCGCAACAAAAAUAUUCGUGCCACGUCAGCUAGCCAAGCAGCUUUACAUGUUGUGGAUGGAAGCCGUGUUUAACCAGCUAGAGGAGAUGCGCCAGCAGACAAUGCGCGAUGACGAGCAGUUCGCCCGCCUGCUCAAGCAUCCAGGCUACGCCGAUUGCAGAGAGUCUCCGAGCAAUGUGGCAGAGCUUCUGGAUAUGGAGUUGGCCUGGAGCAUAUACAAUAGCGAGCAGAUGGCCGCCAAAAAGGCAGCCGAGUUGGCCGCUCGCAAACAAACGCCCAACGAUAUAGCUACCCACCUAACUAAAAUGAAGCUGUGCGAGACCUUUCCCGAUAUCCCCCCUGACACUGUGCUUGAGAUCUUUGCGGCAACCGGCAGCAAUUACGUUCAAACAGUGGAGGUCUUGGACAGCAACGUUCAGAGUAUGCUGAGCGAAGCGGAACUCUAUGAUAAGGCCCUUCGCGAGGGCGAAAAGCUAAGUGCGCAAGUGGGGCUGGAAGAGCGAAAGCAGAAGCAACAAAAGCAACAGAAUUCCUCCAGCCAAGGGCCCCGCAUCAGUUCUAGCUCGACCGCCCCUGGCCGGUCGCCCCAACUGCAUGAGGAGGCCAAGUGCGCUGCUCUUCGCGACUUUGAGGAGACGCGAAACAUGGCCGCCAAUCACUCCCAACUUAAAGCAGAGUGCUAUCUAAAGGCUAAACAGGCGGUACAGCGCGGCAAUGGUAGCGUGGCAUUAUACUACUCGGAAAUAGCCAAGUUACACAAGCAGAAGAUCGACGUCUUCAACCAUCGGGCGGCCAAUUGCAUAAUGGAGGUACAUCGGCACACCCAGAACAACCCGGACCUGCUAGAUUUGCAUUACCUGCACACGGUAGAGGCGAUCAGCUGUCUGGACUUGUUCCUUGACCGCCACAUAACUGUGCUGCGCAACACCACCCGCGUGUACAAGCAUGUAUUCAUUAUCACGGGCCGUGGUCUUCACAGCGCAAACGGAGUGUCCACUAUUAAGAACAGGGUGAAGGCCAGGCUGAGCGAACGCCGUUUGCGUUGGCAAGAGGUCAAUCCAGGAUUGCUGCGCGUCAAGGUGUUCUCAGCAUCGCGUCAUUCAAAGAACUUCUGAUUCGAGGCGAAUUGCACAACAGGACUUUCGGAGCAAAACACGUUUUACACUGCCAUAUAUGUAGAAACAAAGGCAACUUACAGGGAACCGGGAUAACUUAAUUAUAACUUAUCCCUUAUUUAACUUUUGUAUCACUGCUUACAAAAUUGUAAAGCUAAGUAAUCAUUUUUCCCUGGUUCUGGUCACUGUAUUAUUUUCGAAUGUGCUCAGAAACCUUUAAGACAUUCCCGAUUUUGUUACUCAUUUUACAUAAAACUCUUGUCCCAAUUCUUCGUUUUAAGUUUGAAUAAUGCUUCCAGCCUAGGGUUCGUGUAAGACGGGAACUCGCAAUCCGACUCAGCAAAGUAGUGAUUUAUUAUCUUACAACAGCAUACCUAAUCACAAAAUGUCUUAUUUUUAUACUAGUUUACCCAAACUACCGCUUAGGUAUAAUAAGAUUAGUGUAAAAACCGUAGUCCUAAAGUAGGCGAGGUCCAAUAAUUACCAUUACAUUUCAGCUCGGUAAGCAACUAUUAUAAUUUUCUUCUAAAAUAAAGGGACACGUGAGGAGGAUAUGGUUUAGACGACAAA